AUGUCGUUCCUCACCGAGACCGUCACCCGCCGUCUGGCUCUUUCUUCCAGAGUCGCAUUUGUCCAGACUCCCCGACAGUUUUCCAUUUCUACAAGAUACCAAAAGUCUGCAACCGAGACCGUCAAGGACGCUGCCAAGACUGUUGACCGCAAGGUCUCGGACAAGCUCGUUGAUGGCAUCAACGCUGCCUCGAAUGUAGCAUCAAAGGUUACCGACUCCGAUGUAGCAGGCAAGGUCAAGGGCACUGCCGAGGAGAUCCGCGGCGAAGCUAAGGGCAAGGCCGCCGAGGCCGAGGGCAAGGCAAAGGGCGCUGCCAACCAAGCCGCUGGAAAGGCCAAGGGUGCCGCUGACAAGCUGUAA